UGUUUGUAAGCCUAAAGUGUAGUUUUAUAAAGUAGUAAAUCAUAAAAUGGGUGGUCUAUUUGGUAAACACAAAAAACAAGUGAGCAGAGUGACUGAACAAGAUAAAGCUGUUUUACAGCUCAAACAACAGAGAGAUAAGUUAAAACAGUACCAAAAACGAAUAGAAACCAAUCUUGAGAAGGAUAGGCUGCUGGCCAAAAAACUUCUUAAUGAAGGCAAAAGAGACAGAGCUAAACUAUUGCUAAGAAAAAAGAAAUACCAGGAACAAUUACUACAGAACACUGAUACGCAAUUAGAAAAAUUAGAACAGCUUACUCAUGAUAUAGAAUUUGCGCAAAUCGAAAUACAGGUAUUAGAUGGAUUGAAGACCGGUAAUGUUGCGUUGAAGAAGGUUCAUGAUAUACUCAGCAUAGAUGAAAUUGAAAAAAUAAUGGAUGAAACUAAAGAAGGCAUUGAAAAACAGAGAGAGAUAGAUGAAAUGAUUUCUGGCCAGUUGACAGAAGAAGAUGAAGAGGAGGUUGAGGCAGAACUUGAAGCCAUUCUCGAUGUCAAAGAUGAGCUACCUGAUGUGCCUACAGACAAGUUACCAGAGGUGGACAAAGAAAAGGUGCCAGAGAAGCCGCGUAAAACAAAAGAAAGUCCAUCCAAGAUUGCAGUCGAAGCCUAGAGAAAAUGUUAAAUAUUUUUUAUCAACAGUCCUGUCAGUGAUUUGACUGUCUGCAGUGAUUUAUAUUUUCCUUUUUGUGCAUAUUAUAAUUAUAUUACUGUACAUAAAUUAAUUUAACUCAUAAGUAAAGCAUUAUAUAUUUUUAAACUAUCCUAUUUA